CGGAGCUGGGGGCGGGCGAGCGGGCGGCUGCGGUUCCCUUCUGCCUCGGGUUUUUUGGGCGAGGGCUUGUGGUGGCAGCUGAAGUCCUGGGGGCAGAGCUGAGGAAUAGAUCCGCUGCCCUGUUCUGGGUACAUGGCUCGAUAGCGAUAUGCUUAUCCUGGGUACUGACGGAAUGGAAGAAAAACUGUCGCCCCGCCGGCGGAGGACUCGGCUGCUCUUCAAAAGACCGGAGUCUGGCUGCCUCCCCUCCUCUCAGCCCAGAAACUGGUGCCUGCUCUGCCGAGCUGGGAACGGCUAAGGGUGUUUCCAGAGAUUGCAUUUUUGCCUGCUACAUAUAUGAACAUGGCAAGUAAGAAAUUGAGAAGAGCAAGGUUGCCCAAAGAACUUUGUGAGAGGCUGAGUCGACAUCAGAUCACUACGUGCCAGGACUUCUUAUCUCUCUCACUAUUGGAACUAAUGAAAGUCACUGGGCAGAACUACUGGAAUGUGCAGAAACUUCUGUGCACAGUCAGCCAAUCAUGUGCUCCUAGAAUGCAAACUGUGUAUGAGAUGAAAAUGAAAAGAGCACUUGAUCCUUCAACAGCAUUCUUGCCCACAACACUGAAAGAUUUGGAUAACACAUUGCAUGGUGGAAUUGCCUGUGGAUGUCUUACAGAGCUAACGGGACCAUCGGGUUGUGGCAAAACUCAGUUUUGUAUUAUGAUGAGCAUGUUGGCCACAUUGCCUACCAGCAUGGGAGGCUUGGAUGGGAGUGUUAUAUAUAUUGAUACAGAAUCUGCAUUCAGUGCUGAAAGGCUUCUUGAGAUAGCACAGCACCGUUUCCCUCAAUAUUUUGCCACAGAAGAAAAGCUGAUUACAAUGCCCAGCAACAUUCAUCUCUAUCGAGAGCUCACCUGUGAAAGUGUGCUUAAAAGGAUUGAAUCUUUGGAAGAAGAAAUUAUUUCUAAGAAUGUUAAACUAGUAGUGAUUGAUUCUGUUGCUUCAGUCGUCAGAAAGGAGUUUGAUACAAAACUUCAAGGCAACUUGAUGGAGAGGAACAACUUGUUGACUAAAGAAGCAUCAACAUUGAAGUUCUUAGCUGAAGAAUUUUCAAUACCAGUUAUCUUGACGAAUCAGAUUACCACGUGGUUGAGCGAUGGCUUUGCUGUACAGGCAGACCCGCUGUCUCCAGCUGAUGACUUGUUCCUGUCUGAAGAGUCUCAUGGAAACAGAGAUGGAGAAUCUGGUUAUGUGACAGCAGCAUUGGGGAAUACAUGGAGUCAUAGUGUGAAUACAAGACUCAUCCUGCAAUAUCUAGAUUCACAGACAAGACAGCUUCUGGUUGCCAAAUCCCCUAUUGCUCCAUUUACAUCUUUCCAAUACACAAUUGAAAAUUCUGGUUUGGUUCUCCAAGCUUCUUUACCGCCUGCUGGAUCUGAGAGAAUCAGAACCCCAAAUUUCCAUACAUCACAGGCUCCUGAAGAGAAAGGAAAAACAUUGGAGGGCUCUUGGAUCCUCAAAUGCAGCAAACCCCAGAGACUGAGGCAGAUCAUUGCUUUAUGUAGCCGGCUAGAUUUUAGCCUUUUCUUCAUAGAAAAUUGUAUUUAUAUUAUUGUGCUCUCAGAUCUCUCAAUCCCCAAACCCCUUACCAGACACAAAACCCAUUGGUCCUGGAAUCAUGGCCUCAGAGGAAAAAAAUAUGACAUUGUUUUUAUUAAUUUUAUUUAAAAUAUUUCUAUACCACCCAAAACUUGCGUCUCUGGGAGGUUUACGAUUAAAACCAUUUAAAACAUUUAUUGGUGCUAUUCUCAGUGCCACUUACCGGCACAUCCUAAUGUGUAGGGAGUAGGGUUGAAAGGAUUUGUACGUUGACUGUUUAAAAUCUCAGAUGAAUUUCCUUGUUCAGUUUUCAGCUCGAGACAGUUCAGUUGCCAGCUAUAGCCCAUUCAUAGUGAUGCCAAAUGUACAGUGAAUUUUGUUUCUCACCUUACUCCAACUUUUUAGACCUCAAAUGGAAGAGAGAUUUCCCUGUUGCCUGCAAACCAAGCUCCUGAAGUUUGGGUUGUGUUCUUUGAUGCAGAAUCACUAACUACUGAGCUUAACAUAACUCAGAAUAUCAGCCAUAGAGAGCAAACAUACUGAAGAAGACUUGUGGUUUUUUUAAAGACUAUGCAGAAAUGUGCCUUUCACAUUCCAUUUCCUGGGGAAGAAGUGGGUAAGAUUUGGAUAUGCUAUGCAAAAGUGCUAGAAAUUCUGCCUCCCUGGGAGGGUGGAUUUGGGCUUGCUUUUGAAAUUCCUUUCUCUUUGGAAAAGAUCCUACACAAAUCUCUGAGUUUCAGGAUGUGAUAUUGGAUAAAUGUGAACGCAGCAAAAAUAUUUUGACCGUGUUUGGGGUGGAAAUUCCAUUCAGUGUUAAAGGGGGCCAACUCUGACUUGUAGCAGCAACCGCCAAUAUCUGUCUAAGGCUAGCAGUUCCCCUUGAUCCCAGUUUAGAGCUCCCCAGUUUACAGCUCCUCACAUAAGCAUACUGGCACUGCAUUCAGGCUAUUCUUUCCAAGAAAAGCAAAUGGGCCUGCAACUACUGCAGCAUUAGGGCCUCUGUCCUUCUCUACCACUGCUGAAAAUUGAGAGCAUAUGAAGACAUUUCAAGCACAGAAUGACUGGUGCUUU